AUGGCCAUCCCUAGGACGCUGGACGUCCAACAGAAGAAGACCCUCGAGAUCAUAUCGCGAACCAUACCGUCACCGCCCCACGACGACGACGACCAAGACCUCGGAGUCUACGACGCACCCGAUUCUUCCGUAUACGGCGGUGACCAGUCACCAACGCAUUGUCCCUCAGCCCCUCCGGCCCAGGGCGUCAAGGAGACGGAGUCGUUGCUCAGAGGUGAGUCCUCCGCGGCGCUCAUCGAGCUCAUCCAGCGGACGGAAGGCGCUGAACGGAGGGUGAGGGGAAGUGAGAAGUUCAAGUACCUCGGUGCGGACGACGACGCGCUACACGUUAGGUACGGAACCACGACGACAGUCUACGGGAGCAGGGGUGGAGAAACAGCUCGAUACAACCAUGACUGGGUUCUCUCUCUCGCCAAGACGGACCAUCGCCAGGACGAGGCGGCGGUUCGGGAGGAGUAUGACGACGACUACGACGACGACGACGGGCCAGAAGCUGAGGAUUGGAAGGACGGUGGAGGUGGGUGCGAGUGCGGAUUCGGGGGACAUGAUGAAGAGGAUGAGAAGCUUGAAGAGGAGCGCGAUGAAGCGAAAGAGGUGAUUCGCCCCGACCACAGCCAACACAGAUCAUGGGCCGUCGAUGAGUCUUCACGUUCGUGCGGUCAAGAGAGAGAAGACGGUGCUAAUGCUGUACGUCACAGGUCAGAGACGCAAAAGGGGGAGAUGGGAGAGGUAAUGCCUACGUUCAAGAUGUGUGGGGUGGUUAUGAGAGACGGGCUACGUUCGAAUCCGACGAACGGCGGGGUCCCGGUUUGCUUGACCACGGCCCAGGGGCCUUAUAGUUCCUUGACGGCCAUGGGGGAGGGGAUGGAGAUGACUUUGGUCGAUUACUCCAGCGAAGAGACAUCUACCGCGGAAGAAGACCCCUCUGACGGCGAGGGUAGUCGGACUCGUCUGCCGUCGCUAUACUUUGAGGAUCUGAGGAGCAUGGUCGAAGACGCGGGAGUUCCGGAUCCCAUGGUCUCGGGGGCGGAUGUCGUCGAUGAGACUGGUGACGACCAGACGAAAGAAGCAGAGUUGAGCUCCACGCCGGAUAGGGAGGUGUUAUUUGAUUUCUCCGAGUAUACCACGGCCGAGGUGCAAAACCAGGGAUGCGAGUUGUCGAUUGGGAAUUUGUUGGACUCAUUUUCUGAAGAGUUUGAAGGGUGGCAGACUGAUGCUGAUGAAGAGGAGAAUCUCCCUCCGACUCCGGCUCACGAGAUUGUUCGUCCCGUUGCUGGGCUGGGUUGGUAUGACGACAAUGAGAGAUCGAACUACUCUGAUAUCCGUCCCCACGCUUUGGUGAUGAGCAUCUCCAGAGCAGACGAAGAGUCCAACAUGGCAUCAGACAGGUCGCCAACAUUCCCACUCCGGAAAGACUCUUUGGAACACAGUCCCCGGGCGCUUGCCUUUUCCGAGCCGUCUUACGCGGCCGAGAAAGGGGAUAACUUCACAACGAUGGAAGCAGAUAAUUUCGGCGGCACACCCAUGAGGACCGUCUUUGACAAUACGAGCCAAUUCUUCCAGUCGACUACCGUGGAAGACGAGCACUGGAUAUCAACGCUUCAGUCACCGAAAUCUCCGCGACGUUCCUCGUCCAUCUACUCCGAAGACUCUUCAGAAAAUGAAGACUCUCUUUCUCCCGCCUCCAAGAUAUCCCCAACAUCCCCGAGUGAGGGCAAAGAAGACGAAGAAGAGAUAGACGACCUCCUCGACAUCUACGCAACCACAUCCAACUCCCACCACGACUCCGCCCUCUCCCCCGCAACCGACAAACACCUCCUUCCCCCUUACCACCCCUCCUCCCCGUCCGCCCUAAUCCCCCUCACCACAAUCGCCCGCGGCCUCUCCCUUCCCCAAACAACCCCCUACAACAUACUCCAAACCCAUCUCGCCCGUAACGCAAACAUCCUCCGCUACCUCGUCCUCCACUGCAUCCCCUCCCCCUCUAUAAACCCCCUCGAACCCCAAACCGACCUCAUCGAACCCAUCCUGCCUCUACCCCUAUCUCCUGGCUCAGGAGAAUACGCCCAGAACUUCCCCUCUCACCCGCGCAGGCGCGAGUACACCCGACUCCUACAAGCCAUCCGCUCAGUGCAAUGGUCGGCAGACGCCAUCAACGACAUGCUGGCCGUAGUAGACUUUCACUCCCCUCUCCCGUCCCCUUCAUCUCUCUCAUUCUCGACGUACCCUUCGCAAAGACGAACAUCGACAGCCCUCCCCGCCUUUCGAAAACUCUGCGCCGCGGACGCAGAGCGGCGGGGGUACCUUACCUCGACGCAGCUCCACGAGCUGAGCACGCACGGAGUCUCGCUCCUCAACGUGUUGCAGAUGAACGACGUCCCGAGGGUUGUGAGUUCCGGGUUAGGCGGGCGUCUUGUUGCUGCCGCAGCUUCUGGGGCGUUAGGCGUCGCGAGGGAGUGUAAUUUGCUCGACGAGGAGGGGGCGUUACUGGAGUUGCUUGCGGAUCCGGAGGAGGACUCUGGCUCCGGUUUGAAGAUCCAGAGCCAGGGUAGGCGAGGUGGAAAGGGGAGCGGAUUGAGGUGUUGUGUUGGUAUUGAUGACGAAAAUGAGAUGGGUCUCGAGGAGGCCGGGACGGACAGUGACGACGAGAUGGAUGAUGAUGAGGAUGAGGGAACGUCCUUCGAUGGCCUUGUCGACGAAAUGAGAACAGGGCAUAUCGUUGAUGAUGGGACGUACCUCGUUAGCCCCUUAUCCCCCGAAGCAUUCACCGCAGAACAGGACUGGGAGAGCCAGAGUAGUAUCUCCCUGGAGGUGAGGACGUCUCAACCGUCCGAGGACCUUAUGACCUUCUCUGACGAUGACGAGGAAGAAGAUGAGGAUGGCAUCUACGAUCCACCUACAGACUUUGAUGCUGAACAACCGGAAGUAGACCUCUACGUCAAGCCACUGAAUAUACCGAGAAAGAAACUCACACUCAAGAGAUCACACAACUUUCGGGAAAUCGAUACCACUGGCGAAGAGAUCAACACCGCGGUCCUGAUCAACAAAGAAACAGGCGAGGAGCCCGAGUUGCGGCGUUUCUUCAACGAAAUUGGGGCGCGAGUGGUUACUGCCAUACCAGGCGCGGUCAUUGAGUAA